AAAAGGAAAGAGAAAGUGUGAUUGUUGUGACAAAGCAUAACCAUUCAAAGCCACAGCCCAACCUCCGACUGUUCAUUAUCAAAUCCGACAGUUUAUUCGCCGUUAUGUUUCCGACCGUGGGAGUCAGCGUCCCACUAUUGGGCGAGUCCGAUGGAGCGAUGCCGCCGGCGUCUGUUCCCGGAGCGGUGUUCAACGUGGCGACGAGCAUAGUCGGCGCCGGAAUCAUGUCAAUUCCGGCAAUAAUGAAGGUUCUUGGCGUGGUUCCCGCUUUCGCCAUGAUUAUCGUUGUGGCCGUGCUCGCGGAACUCUCUGUCGAGUUCCUCAUGCGUUUCACGCACUCCGGUGAAACGACGACGUACGCCGGCGUCAUGAGGGAAGCGUUCGGAUCGCCGGGAGCGUUGGCCGCGCAAGUUUGCGUCAUCAUCACCAACGUUGGGGGCUUAAUUCUUUACCUGAUCAUCAUCGGGGAUGUGCUAUCUGGAAAGCAAGAUGGAGGGGAAGUGCAUUUGGGUAUUCUGCAACAGUGGUUUGGUAUUCAUUGGUGGAAUUCUCGGGAGUUUGCUCUUCUCUUUACUUUGGUCUUCGUCAUGUUUCCAUUGGUAUUGUACAAACGUGUAGAGUCCUUGAAGUACAGUUCUGCAGUGUCAACUCUUCUUGCAGUGGCAUUUGUUGGCAUAUGUUGUGGGUUGGCUAUUUUUGCACUGGUGCAAGGAAAGACGCAGACUCCUAGAUUGUUUCCUCGUUUGGACAACCAAACCUCAUUCUUUGAUCUAUUUACUGCAGUUCCUGUUGUUGUCACAGCUUUCACAUUUCAUUUUAACGUGCAUCCAAUUGGGUUUGAGUUUGCCAAGCCAUCUCAAAUGACAACAGCAGUUCGAUUAGCAUUAUUGCUUUGUGCUGUGAUCUACAUCUCAGUAGGCCUAUUCGGGUACCUAUUAUUUGGGGAUUCAACACAAUCAGACAUUCUCAUCAAUUUUGACCAGAGUAAUGAUUCUGUGGUUGGUUCCUUGUUCAAUACUUUGAUCCGUGUAAGCUAUGCACUCCACAUCAUGCUGGUGUUUCCUCUCUUGAACUUCUCUUUGAGAUCCAACAUAGAUGAAGUUCUCUUCCCCAAUAAGCCUAUGCUAGCCACAGACAACAAAAGAUUCAUGAUCCUCACUGUGGUGCUGCUUGUAUUCUCCUACCUUGCUGCUAUAGCAAUCCCAGAUAUUUGGUACUUCUUUCAGUUUCUUGGAUCAACAUCGGCAGUGUGCCUUGCCUUCAUUUUCCCUGGCUCUAUUGUUUUACGGGAUGCAUGUGGUAUAUCAACGAAAAGGGAUAAAAUUAUUGCUCUGAUCAUGAUUAUACUUGCCGUGGUGACAAGUGUGCUUGCCAUUUCCACCAACAUAUAUAAUGCUUUUAGUAGCAAGUCAUAAAAGGUGGUUCUCUCAUUUUCUCCCCUAGUAUUAUUUUGUUUUUUUAAUUUUUAUAGAAAAAAUUAAUUGGUGAGAGUGGGUGUGGCUGGGGAGAAAGACAAUUGUAGGCGCAUUUGAUUGCUGUGAUUGUGUUACUUUUGUAUCUUGGAUGCCUCUGUUGUUUAUCAUAGAAUUCAUAUAUGAUAAUGAUGUAUUUUUGAACAGCAUUGCUUUGUAAAUUACAAUUUAUUAUUAAAGAAAUGGAUCCAAAGGUCCACCAGAUUGUGCCGUGUAAGGAUGGUAAAAGAUCGAUGAUCUCUUGGGGAACUGUUCUGAUUGUCU